GUUCAUACUUCCAUAUCUGUCUCUCUCUCUUUCAGUUUCCAUUUUUGUUCUUUAAGCGCAACAGUAGAUCUUGGAUUCUUCAGGUAGUAACACACAUAGUAGCAGGACUGCAGGAGUAGGUGGGCAGUGGUCAUCUUCUAUUCUGCCACCUCUCUCGCGCCUUGCAUGCUCCGCAUCUCUCUCUGUUCUCCCUCCCACGCGUUUGCUUUAAGCAUAGACCGGAGAACAAAUCCAGCUGCCUGUUCUUGAUCUCUUCCCUCCCCUGCCUGUCUGUGCAGCGUUUUGAAUGGUCAGAUUUGGUGGGAAUGAACAGAAGCUGAGAAAUUGGGUGCGGGAUCCUGGCCUCUGAUUCUGAAGGAGCCGCCUUUUUGUCAGAUAGUUCUUUAAUCUCUGAAACUUUUAACUUCCCUGGAAGGUUUCUGAACAAUGAAGCCACCAUUGGAGAGGAAUCCUACAAAGAAGCGCCAUUCAUGGUGGUGGGACAGCCACGUUAGCCCCAAGAACUCAAAAUGGCUUGCCGAAAAUCUCAAAGAGAUGGAUAAGCAAGUGAAGGAAACGCUUCAGCUGAUAGAGGAGGAUGGUGACUCCUUCGCGAAGAAAGCGCAGAUGUACUACCAGAAGCGUCCGAUGCUGAUCACCCAUGUCGAGAAUUUCUAUCGGAUGUACCGUGCUCUAGCUGAGCGCUACGACAACGUCACCGGUGAACUGCGCAAGAACAUCCCUACAAGGCUGCAGUCAACGGGAUCUUUAACCAGUUCAGAGUGUGGUUCUGAGCUGCAGAGGUCGCCCUCACCAUCUCCUGAACCAUUACAGAGGUCAUGGACAAGGGAGCAGAGUCCUAGAGCUGCCGGCUUCGACUUCUUCCUGAGCAACAAGAACAAUGACUCGCCAGCAUCAAGGAAAGAGCCCGAGGACUUGGCGUCGCAGUUAGAGUCUGAUGCCAAGUCUGAAGAAGGUGAGGAUGAUGGCAUUGCCUACACAUUGCAUCAGAGAGUUCUCGAACUCGAGGACGAGCUCAAUAUGGCGAACCAGAAAAUGCGUGACGCAAAUGAAAAACUUGAGGCUUUGGAGGAGAAGAGCUUGAGGUGCCAUUGUGAUUAUAAAGAGAAUGGAAACGGUGCUGAUCAAACUAGAAAAGUUUCAGACAUAGAGGGGGUGCUCACGGCGACAAGGGAGAAGCUGCGAUCUUCACAAGAGAAGAUUGUCAAUCUGAAGGAAGAAGCAGAUUCAACGAGAAAGCUAUUUGAAGAGGCACUAUCCGAAAGAGAUGCUGAAAUCAGCAAGUACAAGCAAGAGCUUACUGAUGCUUCCGAAAAGUUGCUGCAAGAGAAGUCCGCCAACGGUGCGGAGGUAACUAAGCUGCAGGAAACGAUUGAAAACAUCAGGUUCAAACUACAGAAAGUUUCCGAAGAGAAAUUACUAGUUGAGAACCAUGUUAAGGAGCUGGAGGAAGCAAAUACUGAAGCUGAUAAGUAUAGUCAGGAACUAACCCAAGAUGCUGAAAGGCUUUCAGAAGAUAAGUUCAAGCAUGAAACUGAAAUUCUUACGAUGCAGAUGAGUAUUGAAGGUCUGAAAUCCAGGAUUAAGAGUCUUGCUCAAGAGAAAAAUCAGCUGAAAUCAUGGUUUGCGGACUUGGAGCAAGUUGUGGGGCGAGGACGUAGCGUUUUCCCCGAUAACCGAGUUUUAUCCGAAAUAUCAGUAGCUAGAAUUUAGCAAGUUAGCAACAUUUUUUUCCAUACAUAUACCAUACGUCAGUAUACUUCCGUUAUCUUUGCUGAAUUUAUUAUUGUGACACGAUGGAUGGUGGUGAUGUACUGAUGCUAUAUGAGAUAUGCACUGAACGUAUUACUUGGCAACAGAAUACCCCUGGUGCAUUUGCAAGUUCA